AGUUUCGGACUGUCAGAUUUGCUCGGAUGGAACGAACCCAUUGUGUCAUAUUGUUGUGUACUGUGUGACACCCCCUGAAUUUUACUGUUUAACUGUCAUUUUGGAAUUGUGUACAGUAUCAACGUCAACAACGUAUUAAAAUUAAUUUGUGAAAUAUUUGGUUUAAUAUCGCAGUCAAAACAAUGUAAUAAUAUUUAAAAACAACAAAUCACCAUACCUUUAUACUUUCAACCUACCACGAACACAAUUAAAGUUUAUGUCGCUAACAAAAAUCUUUGUUUACUAUAGUUACGAGAAGUAAAUUAAAAAUCAAUGCACGCAUUCGUUCUUGUUAAAUCUAUAUAAUUAUCAAAUAAUAAUGAAGCCUGAUGAUAGAAGUAUGUCGUAUAAUUCUCAUAAAGACUCGAUGGAAUAUUGUGGCAGAACACUAAGGAGUACUUCGAGACGAAAACUACAAGAUCGAUUCGAAACGAGCGAUUCAAACAUAUCUGAAACAAGAAGUAUGCAAAAAAAUCGUAGAAUGUUGUCAAACAUCAGUUUAACUGACCCGAGGCAGGCCUUGAGAAAUGGAGCUGACAAAAUUAGUAAAACAUUGACAAAUGUGAAAAUUUCUAUCGGUACAUUUUCACAGCGUUUUAAAACAAAUACAAGACGCAGGCAAAUUUUGCAAGAAUCUCCUUCCCAUUAUGUUCGAACACCAACACCAAGAUCAAGAUCUAAAUCUCGUGAACUUUUAGGAAGAACUCCUACAAAACUCUACAGCCCAUUUGGAAUAGAAUCACCACAGCAUAGAAACAUGGAUACCAAGUUUGUCCAACAAGUGGGAGCAAAUGAUGAUAAAAAAAACAAUCCAAAACAUAAAAAGAAAAAGAAUGAUAUUUGGAAUAAAGAAAAUUGUCUCGAGGAAAGAGAGACCGAGAUCAAUAAUUGGAAUUUUCUUAAUAGAAACUCACAAUCUUUAUUAAAAUAAAGUAUAGCAGUUCUAUAACUUAAAAAUUAUAGUUUUUAUUUUAAGAUACAA